AUGGCUUCGCAACAGACGAUGCGGCUGCCCGAUGGGCAGACUUUCACCACAAUGGCGAUAUUUGGAGGCGUCGGUUUCAGAAGCCAUGAGUUGAACAGCAACCAUCACCACGCGUUCCCGGCCGGGUGGACGAUCAUCCUACACACAGAGGAUCCCAAGGAUGAUGCGAACGCGGUGGGCAACGAUGACGAAUACUUGCCAGCUUCGCUACGGGCACCAGCAAACGUGCACCCCUUCAAGAAGCCGACGCUGAACCAGGACGCUCUGUUCAUCUCCUCCAUCUCGAACCCGUCGUCGAGUGAGUUCAAGCCUGCCGCGAGCCCUACACGCCAAAUCGCCAUGAUGCUAUGGGUCACCUUGUACUGGUACUUUCACCAGCCGGAACCGCCACUCCAUCUUGACAGCGAGGCUUCAAAGGACACCCCAGACGCAGCAAAGCCGAAAGGGGAGUGGAUCGUGCAUAUCAAGAGGGACGGCGUGUUGAGGAGUAAAAACCUCAUACCCAAGCUUGAGAGGAUGGGCCUCAUUGCGUCCCACAACACCUCGGUGGGCACGAGCUUGGACGAUAACGGCGACGAAUGGUCAGACAUGUUUGUCUCGAGGAGGAUGUUUUGGCAGAUCCCCGGACGCCAAUUCCUCUUCACCCUUGCGCCAAACAGAUCUCUGGCUUCGUAUCCUGGGUCUCCUGUUGGUAGCCGGUCCGCCUCCCCGACGAGAACUGAACCGCCUCAUGGGGGGCACCAUUGGCAGACUCACUCUCAGUCGCCGUUGCCUACCAGCACAAGAGCCGAGUUCGAUCUGCCAGGCGGCCCGAUACCGACGACUAUGCUCCAAUCGUCAGGGUACCCUAUAGGGCCAUUCUUUUCGACCUCGCACUUGCCCACAUACUAUCCUCCGCCGCCGCUGCAGUACACCUUUACCAAUGGCAUCCGGCAUCCCCUUCGCCCGAAGCCAGUGCGCAUGGGCGAGACUUUCUAUUCUCGGUUUGUGCCCAGCGUAGGGCAGUAUAUAUCCUUCCGCAUUGCAUCAGCUUCGCCCAAGCCUGUGCCUCACCUUGGCCCUGUCGGGCCCAAGCCGCCGCAACACUCUCACCUGUGUACCCUGAGCGAUACAUCACUGAUGCAGAUGUGGAUGGCCAACCCCCGCGUCAAGAAAUUCUGGGGCGAGUACCACCCGCAGUUCUUGAACGAUGCUUUGAGCCAGACGCAUUCGUUCCCUGUCAUUGGUCUCUGGGACGGAGUGCCGUUUGGGUAUUUCGAGGUCUACUGGGUGAAGGAGGACAUACUCGGUCGUCAUUUAGGAAGCGAGGCGGACGACUGGGAUCGCGGCCUGCAUGUCUUUAUUGGUGAAGAAUGGGCGCGCGGGCGAGUGUCGGCAUGGUUAACGGGCCUCGUCCACUGGUGUCUCACGGCCGAUCAGCGAACAAUGAACGUGGUCCUGGAGCCACGCGUGGAUAACGAGGGUUUCUUAAAACACCUCGAUGCCUGCGGUUUCGCGAAGGAGAAGAAGGUGUCGUUCCCACACAAGCAAUCGUGGUACGUGAGAUUACGAAGGGAGUCAUGGGAAGGACCUGCAUUAUGA